CCCGGUGUGAUUGGACCUGACCAGAACCCGGGGACAGCGAGUCGGAGCCGGAGAGAAGCGAUAAACCCCCAGGAACCGAGCCCCGACCGUGUUAGCCUGCUAGCUCCCUGACAGCCGUCAGCUGAUGACAACACUCAGACUCCACCAUGGAUAUCCGACCAAACCACACCAUUUACAUCAACAACAUCAACGAUAAAGUCAAGAAGGAAGAGCUGAAGCGGUCGCUGUACGCGCUCUUCUCCCAGUUCGGUCAGGUCAUCAACAUCGUGGCCCUGAAGACCAUAAGGAUGAGGGGGCAGGCCUUCGUCGUCUUCAAGGAGCUGGCCGCCUCCACCAACGCGCUGAGGCAGCUGCAGGGUUUCCCUUUCUACAACAAACCCAUGAGGAUACAGUACGCAAAGACGGACUCAGACGUGAUCUCCAAGAUGAAGGGCACGCACAGCGACAAGGAGAAGAAAAAGGAGAAAAAGAAGAAGGCUCUAGAGCCGGCACUAAACGCCACGAAGAAGCCGACAGCGGUGUCCACUGGACUAGGUCACACACCUGCAGUACAGGUCCCAGACAACCCACCCAACUACAUCCUGUUCCUCAGCAACCUCCCCGAGGAGACCAACGAGAUGAUGCUGUCCAUGCUGUUCAACCAGUUUCCUGGUUUCAAAGAAGUGCGUCUGGUCCCGGGAAAACACGACAUCUCCUUCGUGGAGUUUGAGAGCGACACCCAGGCGGGCGUGGCCAAAGACGCGCUGCAGGGCUUCCGGAUCACAGCCACCUGCGCCAUGAAGAUCACCUACGCCAAGAAGUAGAUCUGCUGCAGGACACAAGAGACUCUGGGGAGGGGGGGGUCUGGUUCCCUGAAACCAAGACAGCCUUGUUUCUUUCUUUUUUUUCUUUUUUUGUUGUUGGUGUUGAGAGGAAGGACGGACCUCAGGACUAUGCUUCAUUUUCUAAAGAAAAGAAUAAAAGUUUUUAGAUAA